UUUUUUUUUUUUACGCAGAACGAACUUGAAAAAUCUAACUUUUGAAAUUACCCGGGGGAUCCAGAUUGACACUUUUUUUUUUUUGUCACGAAUACAACUUUUAAAGACACUACCGCUGUCCAGAGCCCCAAGAGUGAGACCGCCGGGCUCUCCAUCACCAUGCUGUUCGACACUUUCGACCUCAUCUCGGCUCUGGCCACUCUGGCCGCCUGCCUGGUGUCCAUGGUCCUGCUCCUCGCCGUCUCCCAGCAGCUGUGGCAGCUCAGAUGGACGGCCACGCGGGAUAAAAACUGCAAGCUGCCCAUGCCCAAAGGAUCCAUGGGCUUCCCCUUCAUCGGCGAGACCUGCCACUGGCUCCUGCAGGGUUCGGGCUUCCAUGCAUCGCGGAGGCAGAAGUACGGCAACGUGUUCAAGACCCACCUGCUGGGCCGCCCUCUGAUCCGGGUGACAGGCGCGGAGAACGUGCGCAAAGUGCUGAUGGGCGAGCACACGCUGGUGACGGUAGACUGGCCUCAGAGCACCGCCACGCUGCUGGGACCCAACUCACUGGCCAACAGCAUCGGAGACAUCCACCGGAAGAGGAGAAAGGUGUUUGCCAAAGUGUUCAGCCACGAGGCCUUGGAGUCCUACCUCCCGAAAAUCCAGCAGGUCAUCCAGGAGAGCCUCCGAGUAUGGAGCUCCAACCCUGAGCCCAUCAACGUCUACAGGGAGAGCCAGAGGUUGUCGUUCACCAUGGCCGUGAGGGUGCUGCUGGGAUUCAGGGUGUCAGAGGAGGAGAUGAGGCAUCUGUUCUCCACCUUCCAGGACUUUGUGGACAACCUGUUCAGUCUGCCUAUAGACCUGCCGUUUAGUGGCUACAGGAAGGGUAUCCGUGCACGAGACACCUUGCAGAAAAGCAUAGAGAAAGCCAUCAGGGAGAAGCCGUGUUCCCAGGGGAAGGAUUACAGCGACGCGCUGGACGUCCUGAUGGAGAGUGCCAAAGAGAACGGCACCGAGCUCACCAUGCAGGAACUGAAGGAGUCAACUAUCGAGCUGAUCUUUGCCGCCUUCGCCACCACGGCCAGUGCAAGCACCUCACUCAUCAUGCAGCUCCUUCGCCACCCUGCCGUGCUGGAGCGCCUGAGGGAGGAACUGAGAGCCAGGGGUCUCCUCCACAAUGGCUGCCUUAUGCCAGGAGAGCUGAGGCUGGACACCAUCGUGAGCCUUAAGUACCUGGACUGUGUCAUCAAGGAGGUGCUGAGACUCUUUACACCCGUCUCAGGGGCCUACCGAACCGCCAUGCAGACUUUCGAACUUGACGGAGUUCAAAUUCCAAAGGGCUGGAGUGUGAUGUACAGCAUUCGGGACACCCACGACACCUCCGCUGUCUUUAAGGAUGUGGAUGCCUUUGACCCUGACCGCUUCAGUCAGGAGCGGGGAGAAGACAAAGAGGGACGCUUCCACUAUCUGCCUUUCGGCGGUGGUGUCCGGUCCUGCCUGGGCAAGCAGCUCGCCACCCUCUUCCUUCGCAUCCUGGCCAUUGAGCUGGCCAGCACCAGUCGCUUUGAGCUGGCAACCCGGCAGUUCCCCCGUGUGGUCACGGUACCCGUGGUCCACCCUGUCGACGGGCUGAAAGUCAAGUUCUACGGCUUGGACUCCAACCAGAACGAGAUCAUGGCCAAGUCGGAAGAGCUGCUGGGAGCGACUGUUUGAAGGGCAGAGAGUUGAUGA